CAUUAAUGUACAUAUGUACGUUCUCUGUUUUGUGCGCAGCUCCAAGCAAUAUUUGACAGUUCGUUUGGUUACUUUGUGUUUUUAGUGUUGGCCUUUCUUUGCACGGGUGUUUUUAUUUUGCGCAAAAUUUAGAGCAUAUAAAAGUGUGAUAAAAGGUUAUUUGUAAAUUAGUAAAAAGCAAUUAUUUAAAAAAUACUCAAGGUGCAAUUUAUGUAAUAUUAGCGUUGAAAGAGUUUUUAAAUAAAUAACAAAUCAUGGCCCGAUUUGUGGAAUAUACUGAGCCUGUAUGGCGUGGCUUGAAUAUGCGAGAGUUGAAAGUUGAUGAAGCUUUUGUGGUGGUAAAGUCCCAUUACGCGAAGCCAGCUUACCUUUACAGCCGCUCGGACGAAUGUUACAAGUGCCCCUACAGUUAUGUAAAAUCAAUGCAAAAUUUUACAUUUAAGUUAAAUGUCGCACGUGGUUGGGCAUUUAAAGUGUAUACCAAAGGUGUGGAUGUCCUCUCCAACGAUGAAACGCAAUGCAAUGACACCGUCUGCAACAGUGUUUGCGAAUUGUAUGCUCCUACGACUGUGAUGCAAGAAUUUGGCGUUUACAAUUUGACGUUGCAGCAAAAUGGUAGCUGUGAGGUGAUAACUGAUAAAUCGGGCGUUGAUGUGAAUUUGUCGCUCGCAUCGGUGUUUCUGCUAGUCACUAUGUUGUUAACGGUGAUACGCACGUCGAUGUGCGUCUGGCGUUCGUACACUUUCUCCCCGGAUACAGAAAUUGAAGCCACUGGUGCCACGCCUGCGCAGCAAAGUAAACGAAUGCGAAGUUUAGAUGCUUUCCGAGGAAUGGCAAUCGUUUUGAUGAUAUUUGUAAAUAGCGGUGGCGGCGGCUAUUGGUGGAUCGAGCAUGCACCUUGGAAUGGUCUGCAUUUGGCAGACGUAGUUUUUCCUUCAUUUCUUUGGAUUAUGGGCGUUUGCAUACCGAUUUCGGUGAAAUCACAAGUGGCGCGAGGUACGCCGAAAGCGCGAAUAUGUCGGCGCAUUGUUUGGCGUUCAAUAAAAUUAUUCGCCAUUGGCAUGUGCCUUAACUCGGUAAAUGGUCCACAAAUUGCCGAUUUGCGUAUAAUGGGUGUGUUGCAGCGUUUCGCUGUGGCAUAUCUAGUUUGUGGCUUGGUUUACACGCUUUUCACACAGAGCGAAUUCGUGAUGCCACAGAUCGCUUGGAAGCGCGCUUUGUGCGAUAUUUUAUUAUUGAGAGCAGAAUUUUUUGUAAUCCUCUCGCUAAUUGCCAUUUAUUUGGGUCUGAUAUUUGGACUACCCGUGCCCAAUUGCCCCACCGGCUACUUGGGUCCUGGCGGCAAACACGCUUUCGCGCAGUAUCCCAAUUGUACGGGCGGUGCCACUGGCUAUAUCGAUCGUUUGAUUUUGGGAAAUGCACACAUCUAUCAGCAUCCCACAGCGAAAUAUGUGUAUGGUGCGCAAGCGUUUGAUCCGGAAGGAGUUUUCGGUUGUCUUUUGACUGUGGUGCAGACAUUUUUUGGCGUGCUCGCUGGCGUUAUAAUAUUGGUCCAUACCGAGUGGAGUGCUCGUAUUAAACGUUUCUUGUACUGGUCCGUUAGUCUGGCUCUACUGGGUGGCGCGCUUUGCUUUUUCGCUAUUGAAGAUGGCCUCAUACCGAUUAAUAAGAAUCUGUGGUCUCUUUCGUUUGUGUUGGUCACAUCUGCGUUGGCUUUCUUUGUGCUCAGCAUUUUGUAUUACGUCAUUGAUGUCCGGCAUUGGUGGACUGGGUAUCCGUUUGUACAGUGCGGCAUGAAUGCCAUCGUCCUGUAUGUGGGCCACACAGUGAUGCACAAAAUGCUGCCAUGGCAUUGGCGCAUUGGCCCGAUGAAUACACAUUUUGUUCUUUUGCUCGAGUCCACAUGGAAUACUUUACUUUGGGUGGCGAUUGCCUUAUAUUUGGAUUCAAUUAAAUUUUAUUAUAGUUUAUGAAAGUACAAAUUUGAGUUUGAAACAAAUUUAAAAAAGUGUAAAAAUUGGAGGAAUUUUCAAAAUUACGAAUUUUUGCGAAAAUUUUUAAUUCAUUCGUGUAGAUAUCUAAUAAAUUUUACCAUUUUAUAUA